GUUUCAAUACAAAAUGAGUUAGUGCAUUAAAGCUACAGCAAAAUGUGCAAACACUUAAUAACUGUAUCUGGAAGGUUCAUGUUCAUGCUGGAUAUUCUAGUUGGGGGAUGUGGGUGAGUGAGGUCAAGCUGUUGUUGGGUUCAGUUUCAUAUUCAAGGCACACGACAGUAGUAUCACUUCUGUACUCCUCAGGAAGUUAAUAAGAAAGACAAUUUAGUUUAUUUAAAAAUAUGUUUUAUUUUGAAUAUUCUUACGUCAUGAUGCUGUCAUGCUGCAGCUCCUGAAGGAAGCAUCACCACCAAAAGAUGGCGCCCUCUGCACAAAACACACAAAUCAUUGCAGGGCUGUCCCCAGAGAAAGGUCAUGGAGCCACUGGUUCAAGUUUCAACCUGUGAGAUGUUGUUAAAACAGGAAUGUUAUGUGCACAUGAAUGUAAAUCCCUUAAACAAAGUCAUUAGAUGUGUUUUUAUAGGAAAAGCAGAUUUUCUCAUUGGUCAGGAAUCUAGUGUAAAUAUUGCUGAGCAUUUUAGACACAUUACUGUUAAGCUGGUCAUUCGUAUCCACAGUAAGACGGGCUCCUGCAUUUUGUCACUGGGUAUCAAUUUACAGCUGAAGGCUGGAGUCACGGUGGGUCGUUACUGCAGUGGCACAGUUGUCUUUAGUUUGUGCCUCAGCAUGCACUAACGUGAUUAAUUCAAACUGCUACAUCCUCCCAGACAAGAUUCCUCCCACACAUAAGAUACUUUACAGAUGAGAUCUCUGACAUUUAGAUUUUUGCUGCUUUCUGCAGCAACAGAUUUUGUGUUUUGUAAAUUCAUAGUAUUCUGAGGGUUGCCCUCUUCCAGCAGUUUGGUGAUCCAUCUCACUUACAGGACAUCAUGUUAAUAAGAAAACCACCUCAGUGUUGUCUCUUGAUUGGAUCACAUCACCUGGUGAUGACGUCUAACCCCUUCUUGUGCCCAGAAAGCCCUAUCUUCAAAUCAGCCACAUGACAGCACAGCCUUUGAGAUACAGCAUUGCCUCAUUGAUAUGACCCUGAACAGACAGUUUAACUCAUUUGAAUACAAACUUUACUGUGUCCAUAUUGUAAAGUGAAGACACCACACAGAGCUGAAAUGUGCCCAACCUUAAUGUCAAGCAAUGACUCACGUACUAAAUACACUUUUCUGCAGCUGUGGCCACUAAAUCACGUUUUUCAAGCUAGUCCUCUGUUGUGUGUGAAGGGCUGCUGAUGUGCCACACAUCUAAAUCUGAAUUCAAAUUUUAACAUAGAGUUUUUGGGAAGUGCCAGAAGAUGAAGAAAGGCUUGUGAAGUAACGCAUCAAGGACGAGAAACAUUAAAAAGAAGAAAUCUGUGGUUACGCAUGAAUGUGAGUCGCCUCCAGGUCUCGAUGCAGCAUGAGACAGUCAUUUGACUGCAGUCAACUGAAAAUCCAUACACCAUGAUGUCUUCACUACAGUAUAUUGAAUUUCAAUUAUCUGACUUACACAAAAUUUAAAAAGCGCCUCUGGAUUUUUGCUGUGAUUCAUGGAGGUUUUGCAACAACCUUAAUGAUGCAGGACUAUAGUUCCACAUUUACUGUAUAGCUCCACCCAAAGGGUCAGAUACAGUAUGUACAGUAUGAAGCGGGGGGUGGUUACCCAGUGAACAUCUAUAAUGACGGCUCAAUAUUCAACUAGACGCAUCAUUCACUUCACUUCAACAAACCUCGAGACGAUGGAGACCUGCGUUGGUGGUUACACUGGGACGAGUGAUGCUGAUGCACAAACCCAGAGACUUGUUGAUCUGGUGAAGUGCCAGUUGGAGGAGAAGACUAACAAGACAUAUGAGGAGUUACAAGCCAUCGAGUACAGAUCACAGUUUGUGUGUGGAACCAACUAUCUCAUCAAGGUUCGUGCAGGACUGUGUAGUUACAUUCACAUCAUCGUCUUUGAGGCCCUUCCAGUCUACGGAGGAGAAGUUAAGCUGAUGGAAGUGAAGGAAAACCACACCAGAGACCAUCCUCUCAUACCUUUCUAA